AAGUUUUCUAUUUACCGUGAAUUUUAAAAUGGAAAAUAUUUUUGAGAAAAUCGAAGAAAAACAUAUUUUAAAUAAGGAGGAAAUUGAGUUAAACUGCAGUGAGCAUCCAAGAGAAAUAGUGAUAGCAUUUUGUGAUACUUGUCAGAAGGCAGUUUGUUUUGAUUGUUCUCGAGAAUCACACAGAGACCACAAAUGUUUCAAAAUAGAAAAUAAAGCCGUCGAGGCGAGACAAAAUAUUCCUAAAUUAUGCACUCAGAUUGAAAAUAAAAAGUUGCCAACUUUGGUGACAACAUUGGAUAAGGUUAAUAACUGCAAAUCACAAGUAUCAAAAACGGAUGAAGUUAUAGAAAAGAUACAUAAAAGAGCAAACGAGCUCAUGGCAAUUAUUAUGGAAGAACGCGAUUCGCUUAUAGGUCAGUGUAAGCAGUCCUCUAUUUCACAAGAAAAAUACUACCAGAUUGAAGAAAGUGUUGUUCGUAGAUUUAUAGACUUGUAUACUUUAAGUCUACACGAAGCCUCCGAUGUCGUCAAAAGUACAAAUAAUAUCGAACUAGUUCUUUUCGAGAGUAAAUUGAAAAGUCAGAUAAGAGAUUUUAAACCGAGGGUUAUACGACCUUCGUCUACACCUAAAUUUAAAUCGGGGAACACCGAUAGAGAAGUGAUUAAAAACAUGAUUGGCCAAGUGAACUGUGAUGUCAAUUUUGCCGACAUGUCAUCCUUAGCUGGUGAAUUAGUCGGAAUUCAAGUUAAACUGGUAUCGUCAGUUAGGUACAGUUGUUUGAAUGUUGCUUCAUUUUGUUUGCAAGACAAUGAACUGACAUGGAUCAACCCAGCAGAGUCAACGAUUGGUGGAGUCAUAGAUAUAAAAGGAACAGAACACAAAAGAUUUGAUUUCGGAACUGAGUUGUCCGAUUUUACUAUUACCGAUAGAAAUGUUAUAUUAGGAACGGACACAAAAAAUAAGCGUAUAGUAAGAGUUACAAAUAAUGGGAUACUGAAAGAAGUUCUCAACACUGCACCAUUACAACCACAUGGAAUUCAUGCUUGUAGAAAUGGGGACUUACUGGUUUCACAGAUGUAUAGGGCCGAUCCCAAAUCUGUUGAUAGUAAGCGUCUGGUCCAUCGUCUAGGUAAAGACUAUACAGUUAAACUUACAAUACAAUUUACGGCGUCAUUUUUCAAUAAGAAACACAUUCUUAACCAUCCAAGACGAGUGACAGAGAAUAGUAAUGGCGAUAUAAUAGUUGUCGAUUUAUCAACAGAAACGUCGGGAAGGGUACUCGCAUUUGAUUUUGUAGGAAAAUUGCGUUUUACAUAUGAAGGUAAUCCAAAGAGAUCAAAGUUUUUGCCGUUUGAUGUUUGUUGUGAUUCCGAUUUACGAGUUUUUGUUUCGGAUUUUUUCAAUCAUGAAAUUAACGUUCUAGGUUGUGACGGCCAAUUUAUCCAGGAAAUUCCUACAAAUAUGGAAGGACUACUUAAUCCUAUCGCUAUUGCAUUCGACAAGAAAGGAAAACUUUGGAUUGGAGGUAAAGGUGGGAAAAUCUUGAUAUACAUGACCCAUAAGACAAUUUAAA